AUGGAUACGCUCGUCGCAAAGUACAGCCGGCCGGCGUAUGCCCAGAACGAGGGCUUCACAGAGCAGGAUGAGAUGGACUUCGCCGACGGCGUGCCAGGCCCAUCUCUGAAAUUUGCCAUGCCCCCAGUUGCACAGCCCUCCUCCUGGCUCCGAGCCGCAACCGACGACCGCUCCAACCCCCAAUGCCCCAUCAAAAUUGCCCACGGCACCACGACCCUCGCCUUCCGCUUCAAGGGCGGCAUCAUCGUGGCGACCGACUCCCGCGCCACGGCGGGCAACUGGAUCGCCUCGCAGACCGUCAAGAAGGUCAUCGAGAUCAACAGCCAGCUGCUGGGCACCAUGGCCGGCGGCGCCGCCGACUGCCAGUACUGGCUGGCCUGGCUGGGCAUGCAGUGCCGGCUGCACGAGCUGCGGCACAAGCGGCGCAUCUCGGUCGCCGCCGCGUCCAAGAUCCUCGCGAACCUCGUCUACCAGUACAAGGGCAUGGGCCUGUCCAUGGGCACCAUGUGCGCCGGCGUGACCAAGGAGGAAGGGCCCGCGCUGUACUACAUCGACUCGGACGGCACGAGGCUGCCCGGCAACCUGUUCUGCGUCGGCUCCGGCCAGACGUUCGCCUACGGCGUGCUCGACGCCGAGUACGACUACAACCUUUCGGACGAGGACGCCCUGGAGCUGGGCCGCAGGAGCAUCCUGGCCGCCACGCACCGUGACGCGUACUCUGGUGGUUUCAUCAACCUCUACCACGUCAAGGAGGAGGGCUGGGUCAGGCACGGCUUCAACGACACGAACCCCAUCUUCUGGAAAACGAAGCUGGAGAAGGGCGAGUUCACGAAUGUCACGAGUAACCUGGACUAG